AUGACUUUACUAGCGGUCAUCUUCCUACUCGCCUUCCUCCCAACAGAAUCUGCAAGCGGCAGAUACCCCCCCAAGGCAGCAAGUAACCCUGUGUUCGGACCACGGCAGGUAUAUGGUCUGCUCAACGGGUCAGUCACCGUGAAAUGCUUCUACCCUCCCACCCGUGUGAACAGACAUGACAGAAAGUAUUGGUGCAAGGAAUCGGCCACAGGCUGCAUGACCGUUGUCUCCACCAACGGCUACAUUAGUCCAGGCUACAAAGGCAGAGCCUCCAUCACUGACUACCCAGAGGCAGAAAGCUUCCAGAUUAACCUCUCCGAGCUGACGAUGGCAGACGCAGGCACCUACCAGUGCGGUGUUGGUAUCAAUGGCAGAGGGCUCUCCCACAAAGUCAGUCUGGAUGUUUCUGAAGGUCCACAUGUACCCGAGGGAGCUGAGCUCUUCUACGUGAAGCUGCACAGCACUUUGACCAUGUCCUGCAGCUUUGGGAAGGAGAAUGAGAGCAAGAGGAAAUUUGCCUGCCGUAACAUCGUCGAUAGUUAUAGGAAUAUUGAUGAGGAUUACACAGGGCGAGUUCUGCUGAGCAAUGUGGAGCCUCCAGGCUCAUUCAGCAUCAUGAUAACUCAGAUGGGCUGGGAAGACUCUGGCUUGUACCUGUGCGGGGUCGGGUCCUAUGGGGAGGACGGAGAAACGAAGGAACUGGACGUGCAUGUCUAUGAGGAGACAAGCGUUCCUCAAGGAAAGCCCACAAUAAUUGGAGUAAAAGGAAGUUCAGCAACUUUUGAAUGCCGCUAUGAGCCUCUAAAAAAGUCCUCAGUGAGGUACUGGUGCAAGUGGAGACAGAACGGGUGUGCUAAGAUCAUAGAAAACUCCGGGUAUGUGGCAGACCCUUAUGAAGGAAGAGUGGCCAUGUACGACAGCCCAAAUAACAGGACGAUCACCAUCAUCCUGAACCAGCUGAAGGACAGCGACAACGGCUAUUACUGGUGCAUGACAAAUGAGGAGAGGGAGCAGCAAUCGUCAGCUGAGCUGAAGAUCAUAGACGGAGAACCUGGACUGAAGGGAAAGAAGGAAGUGGAGGCGCAAGUGGGUUCACGGGUCGAUUUAACUUGCUCUUAUCCAUGCAAGUACUACUCCUACCAGAAGUACUGGUGCAAGUGGAACGGCCCCACCUGCACCCCCAUGCCUUCUUCUGACCAAAGUCAGCCGGGGCCAGACGUUACCUGUGACACUGACAACAAGACGGUUAUCCUCAGCUUCGACUCGGUCGCAAAGACAGACCAGGGGUGGUACUGGUGUGGAGUGAAGCGCGAUGGCCUCUUCGGGGAAACCAUGGCAGUCUACCUGCGGGUGACUGAAGGUGAGCUCCAAGGGAGCAGUGCCGGCCGCAGCCCAGACCUCCUGGACGCCGAGGGUGGCUUUAUUGCCCAAGAAAGAGCCUACAGCGACGCUGGGGUGGGAAGCGCAGGUGCUUCAGAAAGCUCUGAUCAAAGCCACGGCCCCAAUACACUUGCUUUAGCCCUGGGCCCUGUUGGUGCCGUGCUCCUGAUCGGCGCGACAGCUUUCGCCGUUUUUAAAUACAGGCAGCUGAAGAGGUCUGACCUGGUGUCCAUCGGGAGCUACAGGACAAACAUCAGCAUGUCAGACUUCGAAAGCGUGAAGGAGUACAGCGCAAGCAAUAACGCCUGCGUGAAAGAGAGCCAGGAGACUCAGCUAGGAGGGGACGAGUUCAUCACCACCGUGGCCACCCCGGAAAGUGCUGCUGAGACCAAGAAGGCAAAAAGGAACUCCAAGGAGGAUGCUGACCUCGCCUACUCCACCUUCCUCCUCACCUCCGGCAGCAUCGCACAGGGCGGCGCCGGGGGGGACAGCGCUGCCCCGGCCGUGUCCCCCCCGAACUGGGAGGGCCAGAUCUGA